UCUGCUCAUUUCUGCUGUGCUGAUUUGCUUUGGGAUGACAUUCCUCAUCCUGGCAUGUGCGAUACCACAACCCAAACUCUUCUACCCAUUCUUUGUUUUUAUAUUCUACUUACUGUCGAUCAUCCCCUUGAUCAUCGCCCGACGAAUCACUCCAACUGGUGAAACAAACGCUCGUACUGAAUUCGCUUUGUUCUUAGCUGCCGGGUUUGUCCUGAGUGCUUUUGCCCUUCCAAUUGUUUUGGCCAGGUCUGCCGUGAUCACCUGGCUGGCGUGUUGGUUAACCCUUGGUGGAAAUAUCAUAAACUAUCUCACCAUGUUGGGCUAUGCCAUGAAGGAUAGCGAGUUCGAAGCAUCUUAUGGAGGAAUGUUCUAAAUCGCUAAAGAAAAACAAAACUUCCAUAUACUUAUUUUAACGAAAAACAAACAAUACAAUUAUCAUAACUCACUAAUUUUAGAUAUAAGUACGAAAAAAAAGUAUGAGAGUUAAUAUUUGUUUAUUUCAAGUCGUCGCACAUUUGAGAUGAAAAUGUUGCAGAAAAACGAAGGAAUCUCAUACGAGUUUUAUGCUACAAAUCAUUAUAAAUGUUUGUUUUUUUUUUUAGUUUUUACACAGCCGAAGAGCAACGGACGCGAACUUAUUGAAGAGAAAUCAAAAUGAAAUUUUUUAAUUUUUUGAGUGCUCGUUUUAUAAAUGUAAAAUAUAUUUAUGUCUGUAAUUGGUAAAUAAACUUCAUUAGUAAUAUCUAAACCGAA